AUGGCAGCCGCCAGCGAGAGGAGCCCGAGCUCCCGCCAGCCGCGCCGGGUCCCCCCGGGCCGGCCGCCGCGGGACGGUUACGGUGUCUACAUCUACCCAAACUCUUUCUUUCAAUAUGAAGGAGAGUGGAAAGGAGGGAAGAAACAUGGUCAUGGGAAGCUGGUGUUUAAAGAUGGAAGUUAUUACGAAGGCCAGUUUGUGGACGGGGAGAUCAUGGGAGAAGGCUGCCGGCACUGGGCCUCGUCAGGGAACACCUAUUCUGGCCAGUUUGUCUUGGGAGAGCCUCAAGGACGCGGCAUCAUGACAUACAAGGCCGGCGGGCGUUACGAAGGGGAGCUCUCCCAUGGCAUGAGAGAAGGACAUGGGUGCCUGGUGGACCAGGAUGGACACGUGUACCGUGGGGCCUUCCACAGCAACAAGCGGCAUGGCCGGGGGCAGAUGGUCUUUCUGAACGGUGACAAAUAUGACGGUGACUGGGUCCGGGACCAGCGUCAGGGGCACGGGGUGCUCUGCCAGGCCGACGGCUCCACCUACGAGGGACAGUGGCACAGCGACGUCUUCAGUGGACUGGGCAGCAUGGCUCACUGCUCGGGGGUCGUCUACCGCGGAAUGUGGAUCAAUGGCCACCCGGCAGCGCAAGCCACAAGGAUCGUGAUUUUGGGUCCAGAGGUGAUGGAUGUGGCCCAGGGAUCUUCCUUCUCUGUGAAGGUUCAGCUGCAGCAGGAUGAUGGGGAAGUUGCCAAGAGUGAGGAUGGCCGGGUUUUGAAGAUCUCAGCGGGCGUCAGGUACGUGCAGCUCCCGGCCUACUCAGAGAUCAGCUUCUUCAAAGUGGACGAGGACGACCGGGAGAUGCCCAUCCAGACCCCGUUCGGAUUUGACUGCAUCACCUAUCCCUUGUCGAGCCCCAAGUCUGGGGGCCUGGAGCCCAGAGCUGCCUUGGAAAGUUCCAGAGCCAACUCGCCACUCCACGAGGGAGACCUGGAGCUGGCGCUGGCAUCAGAUGCUUUGUGUGGCCAGGAGGACCCCCCCGGCGGCCUGCCUGAAAGCUUAAAGCGCAGCAUCCUGAGGCCGCCCGCGCAGGGAUGUCAGCCAGGGGUCCUUUCCGCACAAGGGCAGCGUUUGUAUGCUCAGGACCAGAAACAUCAGCCGUCCUCUCACGCUUCUUCCCAGCACGGCCGCCCGCUCCCGGCUCCCGCUCCCGGCUCCAGCAUCUCUUCCUUCCCCAGACCUUCGCCGAGGACCCUCAAGCCCUUUUUCAAGCCUGUGGUGAGUCCAGGGGUCAUGGUGCCUAUGCUGGUUCCAGCAAAGAGUUACUGCCUCUGUGCCUACCUGGACAAGAGCCACAUGCGCAGGACACAGGACCGGACAGCAGCACCUGCUGAGAGCCCCGGGGGACCUGUACGUGCGUUUGGAAGUCUCAGGAAGGGCCAGACCCAGUGGCCUACUGUUAAGUUCAACACACUCUGCUUCAGCGGCCCAGGUUCAGUUCCCGGGCUCAGACCUACACUGCUCGUCUGUCAGUGGCCAUGCUGUGGUGGUGACCCACAUACAAAAAGAGGAAGAUUGACAACAGAUGUUAGCUCAGGGCGAAUCUUCCUCAGCAAAAAAAGGGAAAGAAAAAGAAAGUCUCCAGGAAUGUCCACAGGUGGCGCCUGGCCAGCAGCCAGGAUUUCCUGCACAGACAGCUCUCUGAAGUACAAGGCAGAGACUGCAGCCAGAGGGUGUCAGGUGGAAAGCUAAUUCAUACAAGGCCUGGAAUAAAUUCAGGCCAGAAAAUCUCCAAGGUCUGUCCCUAUUGACGCCACUUAUGACAACCCCGAGCUGGGAAAUCCAGAGAAUUGUGCUUCCCGGGCAGGAGCCCCAGGUCCGGGUUUCGCUCUCAGCCCAGAGUCCCAGGUGCUAUUGAACGCCCACCGUGACCGGACACCUGCAGCACAACCAGACACAAGGGCAGCUCUCGAGAGGCCUGGUCCCACGGACACCCUCGCAGGUACCAGGCACAGCCCCACUCUGCUUACUCGUCCCUCUCCCGCUGACUCAGAUGUGGUCCGGAGCGCACAUUAGUGCCUGCUGAGUUUGACUCCAUCCUGGGCGGGCUCUGUGCUCAGGAUGAGGUUUGGCUGCUCCCAACAACACAAUAGUGUCUUCACCUCCAUCUGUGUUUACUCCUCACACACAAGUUCAGAGGCAGGGCUGACGGGGGCAAGAGUCCCCCCGAUCACCAGGGACCCCACUUCCUGUUUCCUGUUCUGUUACUCUGUCAUCUUUCUUGUGGUCCCUUAAGGCUGCACAAGCACCAGCCAUCAUGCCCCUAUUCCAGCUAGUAGGAAUGAAGCAUAAGGAGCAAGGGGCCCUUUCCUUCUAAGAAGCUUCCUGCCACUGACACUUCCUUGGCCAGAACUCAGUUACUCGACCAUACCAGGAAAUAAGGAGACAAGAAAAGCAAUUUGCCAGCUAACACCAGGGUCUGUUCCCAGAGAAGAGGAGAGAAUGGAUAUUUCACGUCAACCAGCGUCUUUCCAAAUGGUCCGGACGCCCACAUGAGAAAUCUCACUGUCACCCUGCACACCCGGGCCCUGCUGGGUGCACAGCCCAACGGGAGACCCAGUGGGCAGGUGUCUGGGCCUCCUGCCGCCUCCACGGGAUGAACCAAGGAAGCCAGAGGCUGGCGCGCUCCCUGUGCAUCUCCCAUUGUGAGCACCUACCUAAGGAAGCAUGCCCUUGUGGGACCCCAUUGCGGCCUGCCUGCCGUCUCACGCUCCAGCCCCACGGCAGGGCCUAUGGCAUGAUUGAUGGGUUUGGUGAAACCGGAGCUGGUGGUGAAGAUCUGAUUCUGUUGGAGCAGCAGUCAGCCGACGGUCUUGUAGCAUCAGGAGCUAAUGAGGACCCCCAGGAGCACACAGCCCACCAGACAGGGCGGGCUGGCUGGUGCUGAGUGUCUCAGGGUGAGGAGCCGACGCCCUGACCUGCCCCCCUUCUCUGUCAUGUGUUCACUUGCGGACAAGAAACAGUGCCCCGGGGUGGCCACGCAGGUCGUGGAUGGGUGACCCCCUCGUGGUCUCACACUUAGGGUCCUGAGCAGCAGCCCCACUGGGCGGAGGCAGAGCCCGGAGGCCUGCCUGUGGCGUCAGCUCCCUGGCAGCUCUGGCGCGGCACCCCCGCCGGGUUCCAGCUGGACUCGGCAUCACAGGGCACCUGGCAGGUCUCAGCUGCAGCCCGUGCUCCUGGAGGUAGUGCUGAGUGCGGGCCGGGCGGCAGCUCGGGGGCGCCUGACUGUGAGAUGCGCCUGCUGGCUGCCUCCCUGCCUGCCCCUGCGACCACAGGCUGGAAGUGACACCAACAGAAUGUUCUCGCCAAGCUCCGGAUUCCAACCUUUGAGCAGUAAGGGGUCUCCCCAGAGGUUGAGCAGCCCUGGGGAGAGGCGGGAGGGGAGGAGGCUCCAUGCCUGCCCCAGAGUGGGGCGUCGCGGUGUGAGGCGGCCUAAAUUCAAGCAGAGCGGCGGCGGCUUGUAUUUUAAAGCAACUAUCUGUGUUUCACGUGUUCUUGAGGCUCAUGUGCCGACGGCAGGGUACACGGAGCACAGUCCAGCAGGGAGCAGCUUCAGGCGCUCAGUGCCCCUCCCCCGGCACCCCCAGAGUGCUCUGGACAGAAGGACAUGUGCCCAGAUUCCUUUGCCUGGCCCUCGAGUCCCCGUGGCAGAACCUCGGGUGCGUGGAACCACACGCUGCCGUGCAUGAGGGAGAGCGGCCCUGGAAGGCACCCCACCCCCUGGGUCAAGGCCACUGAGGUCUCUGCCCUUCCGACAGCCACCGCCAUCCCCACCCGACAGGGGCAGGCCCUCCGGGGCUCACCCAGCACCGCGGCUGCCAGUGGGGGAGCUGCUCCAGGAGCCCGCCCAGCACCCGCCCUGGGAGCUCAGGGCUCGCCCCACGCCGGACUGGGACCAGGUUCUCUGCUCAAAGACAGCAGAUCAGCUCUCCUCCCCCAUCUGACGGGCAAUUCGGAAAAUAAACCCUCUAAAAACUUGGUUUCCGAUUACACAAAUAAGUAAAAUGAGGAGAGAAGAUCCUUUCUCUUUCCAGAGGCCUAAUGUCAGUGACAUGUAAUUGCAAAACUCAGUAUUUUAUUAUUUUGUUGAUAGGAAAUAUUUCAGUUGUUUAAUUGUUUCUAACUUUUGAAUAGACGAUUUGCUUUCCGCUGAGAAGAAAAGACGACUUCAUAGACGUGGGCAGUGCCAGAUAUUCUAAACCUUAUUUUGGUUAAAUUACAGCACCCAGAUUUUAGUCACAAAGCACAUUGAUUUUAUAUUCAAAAAGAUUUUUAUAUUUAGUCUCUUAACCUUUUGUAAUCCCACCCACAGCUUUAUUCGGCAGAACCCUUUAUGUUAAUUGUUGCCAGUGGGGUGUCUGCCUCGCCCCCGGUAAUUUGGGCCCAUUGAAUCCUAAUGCAGGUGCUGAUAAUUGCUGGAGGGACUUUGGCGGGCUGGCUGAGCCCAGUGGUUCCAACAAUCCCGUCAAUUGGAUUUGGGAACCUAAAGAAGCCAGAGCAGUGAGAGACCACCUCAGAUGGCUUUUUUUUUUUUUAAUGCACAAAACUCUCCUAGGAAAUAUUUCCAAUUGAUCCGAGUGGUUUCUCUUUUUCAUGCGUUGAACAAAUGGUUUUGAGUAUUCAUCAGAUGGGAUCCACGAAGAAUCAUCUGUAAUUUUAAGAUGAUUCUAAAACCAAGGUGCCCUUUGCCGCUAAUCCAGUCUCGCCAAUAAAACCCAGGGAAUGCAGAGCUGAGAACUUCUGGAAAUUUCAUUGCCUCUUGGGGUGAUAACACGUUUUCAUAUUAAUUGUCUA